AAAGCGACCUUCGAUGUAGAGAGCGAGUCAGAACAGAACGAUAGCCACAUUUCAACAGCCAAAAUCGAAAGUAUUAGCUGUAAGAAAAAACUUUCUCUAGGAUAGAGCUGGAGGCACUUCGAGGUUCAGAAGUAGGCGUGGUUUACUUAUAAAUAACAGCCUAUAUAAUAACCUUUGUCCAAACAGGAAUUUCGGGUAAAGGUUUCCUCAGACUGAGCUCUUUGCUAGGGGUUGAGGGCGAUCGCCGAUUCUCUCCAUAGUCAUUAGGAUCAGAUCUCUAAACAGUAGACAUGACUGAAGCGGAGCUCUAUUCGGAGUACAAAGGCGUCUACGUCCCAAAAUACUUGCACCCACCAGAGUCCCUCCAGUAUAUGGAAGGAUUCGCUUUCCGACCGGACGACAUUAUAAUCGCAACUUAUCCCAAGUCUGGCACUACCUGGAUGCAGGAGAUAGUUCCCUUGAUCGUAAGCGAGGGAGAUAUGCAGCCUGUACUCAGCAUUCCCAACUGGGACCGAGUGCCCUGGCUGGAGGAGCUUCGUGCAAUCCUGCUGAACCUGGAGCAGAGGCCCUCUCCUCGCUAUUUUGCCACGCACCUUCAUUACUCCAUGAUGCCGGAGUCUUUCUAUAAAGUGAAGCCCAAGGUGAUUUAUAUUAUGCGGAACCCAAAAGAUGUUUUCACGUCGUCUUACCACUAUUAUGGGAUGGCAUCUUACCUGGUAAACCCAGGGACAACAGAUGAGUUUUUGUCAAAGUUCUUGGAUGGAAAAGUAAUGUUUGGCUCCUGGUUUGAUCAUGUGAAGGGAUGGAUUUCUGCACAGGACCAAGACCAGACCAUGUACAUCUCAUAUGAGGAAAUGAUACUGGAUCUGCAGAAAUCUGUUUCCAAAAUAUCUAGUUUCUUAGGGAAGUCCCUGAACCAGGAAGUCAUUGGGAAAAUUGCAGAUCACUGCAAGUUUCAUAACAUGAAGCAAAACAGCAUGUCUAACUAUUCUAUGGUGCCAGAGGAGUUCAUGGACCAGAAGAAAUCCGAAUUUUUGAGGAAAGGAAUUUCCGGAGACUGGAGGAAUCUUCUCACCGACACUCAAGCUGCACAUUUCGACGCAGUUUUCAAGGAGAAAAUGGGGGACGUCGCAUUCAAAUUUGCAUGGGAUGAUUAAGAACAGGAGUACUGGUCAACUACGCAACAUAACACAUUAACUCUGACCAGCUGCCAUUCCUUUCUGGUAUUCUGUUCACUGAACAGUCUGAGACUGUGAUAUUACAAUAGCUAAAUUGUUCUCACUAUGUGAUUUAGAAAUUUACAGUUAUCAUUUCUAUAAGAUCAUAAGAAAUUUACAAACAAGAGGAGGCCAUUCAGCCAAAUCAAUGGAAUAGAAUAGAAUAGAAUACAUCUUUAAUGUCCAUCAAAUUUACAUCAAGUGAAAUUCAUCUUUGACAGUGACGAAUUCAAUACACAAUACAAGCAAUACUAUACACAAUAAACCAGGGACGGAUUAUGGGUUGUGUGGGCCCCUGGGCAAAACGUUCGCGAGGUCCCCCCCCCCCCCCCCCCCACCACCACCACAACCACCACAAUUCAAGGGCCCUUGGCAGCCAAACACCCUCCCUAUAGGGUCAGGGGCCCUUGUAGGCAGAGGAUCAAAGAAUGUAGGCCCUCUAAAAUAGACAAACGAAAAUACAUUGUUGAUAAGCGUUGCAAAUUGUUUUGGGCUAGGGGCCCCACGGGCCCCCUGCACCCCAAGGGCCCCUGGGCAGCGACAUGCUACUAAAAAUAAGUAGAAUUUUAUAAAAUCAGUCCAGUUUACUCCAAGCGAGAAAUUUAACAUAAAUGAAUGCAUUUAAAAACAAAAUACAUAAGAUACCAAUAAAAUAAAACUAGCUGCUAAUUAAUUUAUCUAAGAAAAAUAGUCUUUGUUCAGGAUGGUUACAGCCGAUGGAAUAAAUGACCGCUUGUAGUCUUUUUUCCUAGCUAAUGGGACUACAAGUCUCCUGCCUGAUCGCAACAAUUGGCAGGCACAAUGAAGUGGAUGAGUAAAAUCUUGAUAGACCUGUUGUGCCUUUUUUGUCAAAAUCUGUGAGUACAGGUGGGAGAGUUGAUGUUGUUUAUGUCCAAUGAUUUUCCCAGCCUGGUGUACAAUUUGUGCCAAUAUGUUCUUCUGUUUAACUGAAAGUUGCCCAUACCAUGACACUAUGUUGAAUGUCAGCACACUCUCAGUCAAUGAUUUGUAAAUCAUGGACAUUGUGUGCUGGCUGGUGUUAAAACUCCUGAGCUUCCUCAGAAGAGACAGACGCUGUCUUCCUUUCUUAUACACAUAAUCCACAUGGUUUUGGAAACUUAACUGUCUAUUAUUGUCCCAAGAUAUUUGAAUUCGGUGACUUGCUCCACUUCCUGACCCUUCAUACUAACUGGCUUGAAGGUGGCCACAGCAUUCUUGUUGCCUCCCAUCUUGCUGCUCACCAGCCACAUCUCCUUGGUUUUGCUAACAUUAAGAUCCACAAAGCUGUUGUCAAACCACAAAGCCAGGGCGUCAAUAUACUGAAGGUAGGGAGAGCUGUUUCAGUCCCGAAGGCAGGCGACUAAAGCCAUGUCAUCUGCAUACUUAAUGAGGGAAAGGUGGCUGCUAUUACACUGAAUUUCAUUUGUAUAUAUGGAAAAAAGCAGGGGAGAUUGUACACAUCCUUGGGGGACACCUGUGUUCAGGACAAGAGCAUCAGAGAGGCAGUUCUUAAUACAGACUCGCUGGGGUCGGUCUCUCAAAAAUUCCCUGAUGAAAAGGAUAAGACCACCGCUAACUUUCAGGUCAGAAAGACGCCCAAGGAGGAGGUGUGGUUGGACUGUAUUAAAGCCUGAGGAAAAAUCCAUAAAAAGAAUACGAGCAUGAGUGUUGGGUUUGUCCAGAUGACUGUAAAUGCUAUUUAGCAGGGUGUCGCGUCCUCCACCCCCCUGUUGUUUCGAUAGGCAAAUUGCAUGGGGUCCAACGAUCCUGCUACCUGGCGGGUCAGUUCAUCCCGGAAAAAGCGCUCCAUGCAUUUGCUGAGGAGGGGUGUGAGAGCGAUGGGUCUAAAGUCAUCAUUUGUUUUUGCGUACUGAGUUUUUGGUACAGAUAUAAUGAUCGCUGUCUUCCAGGCCCAAGGAUAAAAGUUAGAGUCCAGAAACAGCUGGAACAUUUCCGGGAUAGCUGGUGCCAGCUGGACUGCACAUUCCUUUAAGACCCUCCCUUUGAGCCCAUCAGGACUCGGGGCUGUAUGAGGAUUAACCUUUUGCAGUAUAGUGAUCACUCUUUCCUUCUGAAUAAUCAUUGGAUCAUAGGUCAGUUCGGAACAAACAACGUCACACUCAUUUCUAAAAUCAUGCUUAUCAAAUCUGGAGUAGAAAAUAUUUAAAUUAUUUGAAAGGUGGGUGGGGUCGUCACACUGAACGGUCUGUGUCUGCUCCCUACCCAUCAUUUUGUUCAGCCCUGGCUCGUUUGGGGAGAACUUAACUAAUAACUGAGUUGUUAAAAUCUUAUUUAGCUGUGAUUUAAAGGAACCCAGGGUUUUAGCUUGCACUACACUAACAGGAAGACUGUUCCAUACUCUAACUACACGCUGUGUAAAGAAGUACUUCCUCAAAUUCCCCAUACAUUUGUAGAGGUUAGCAUACGAGCGAUAUUUUGUUUGAGUCUUCUUUAUUUGUUUGUUUGUUUACUUAUUUUCUUAUCUAUUACACAGCAUCUAUCAAUUUUUGAAACAUAAGUAGAUGCAAAAUGUAAAACAAUAACAAUUUCCAGAGAUAUUAAAAUAAUAAAACUGCAAACUGUAACACAAA